AGAAAACAGCUGAUUUUUAGCCAACAGACUGCAUCUUAGACAUAAACAUUAAAAAAUUAAGUUAAAAUUAUUAAAAUGGUUUUAGGGCUGAAAACAGAGCAAGAGAAUACGGAUAAUACAAUAUUUUAGCAGCCUAAGUAAAUCAAAACGAACAACGAAUAUCAAUUUGCAUAAAAAUACUAUAAAUUAAUGCCCUAUUUAUAAUGUUAAAUUAAAAAUGUCUUGUCCAAGGGAGCAGGUAGUGUACCAUGAAAAACAAGUUCGGCAGCUCUGUGCCGUGCAUGCCCUUAACAAUUUAUUCCAGGACAAAAACGCUUUUUCUAAAUAUGAUCUGGAUAAUAUAUGUAACAAUUUAAGUCCAGAAUAUUGGAUAAACCCUCAUCGGUCUGUCCUUGGUUUAGGUAACUAUGAUAUUAAUGUUAUCAUGAGUGCUCUACAGUCUAGAGGCUACGAGAUGAUUUGGUUCGAUAAGAGAAAGGACCCAAGUUGCCUUAACCUACAAAACAUCACCGGGUUUAUUUUAAAUGUACCAUCAGAUUAUAAAUUAGGAUUUGUGACAAUCCCACUUAAAAGGAGACAUUGGAUAGCAGUAAAACUAUUACAUGGAGUUUAUUACAAUUUGGAUUCAAAGCUUGACUUUCCCAUACCAAUAGGAACUAAUGAAGAAUUACUAAGCUUUAUAAGAAACGAAUUGGACUCUCAAGAUAAAGAACUGUUUAUAGUAGUAUCCUCUAAUGUUGAAAAGGCUCAAAGCUGGCUUAAAGAGAACUCAAACUAUACCAACAAAUUGGUGGACUCGACUAGCCGGGAUGCUGAAGAAAUCACCCUAAAUGAUAUUGAUUGAUAGGCAUGUAAGGCACUAAGUGAUAUAAAUGUGUUAAUUAAUAGGAAUAAAUUAUUAAGUUGA